AUGGAGAGAGCUCAAAGCAUAGACACGGCUAAGGAGAAAGGACCCAAGCCCAUGGAGCUUUCCUGGAGACUCAUGUGCGUGUCUGUGGCUUCCAGCACCAUGUCCAUACAAUACGGUUACAAUAUGUGGAUAGUUUAUUCUCCCACUGUGCUCAUGCAAGACUUUUAUAACAUUACAAUUUCUGAAUUCAUGACGGACUCAAGUUCUCAGAUAUUCCUCACGGCUGUCACCAUUGCUUUAUUCCCACUCGGGGGCAUAUUCGGAGCCGUUGCAGCUGGCCACAUCUUGGAUAGGUUGGGAAGGAAAAAUUCUUUGAUGAUAAGUAAUCUUUUGUCUGUUGUCUCUGCCAUCCUCAUGGGGUGUUCCAAUUUGAUACAUGCCUAUGAAUACAUCAUGUUUACACGCUUGUUUCUUGGAAUAUGCACCGCCAUACUCUGCAGUGUUGUCCCUAUAUACCUCAGUGAAAUCUCCCCGAACAGCCUGAAAGGAAGUGUUAUGAUGAUAUCCCAGCUCUUUGUCACAGCUGGUGUCCUUUUGGCACAGAUAUUGGCACUUCGCGAGAUCCUGGGGACAAAAGAAGGUUGGCCAAUGCUGAUGGGUCUCAUUGGGAUCAUACCAGGAACACAGGUGUUCCUAGUGCCUUUCUACCCAGAAAGUCCUAGGUACCUACUGAUUCAGAAGAGGGAUGAAGACAAAGCAAAAAAAGUCUUGCAGAGACUGAGAGGAACGAAAGAUGUAAACUCUGAGAUCGAGCAGCUCCGUCAAGAAGACAUCUUCGAAAAGUCAGAAAAGCAGACGAAUUCACUCAAAGUGCUCUGGAGCCAAAACCUACGAUGGCAAGUCAUCACAAUCAUUGUCUUGAUGUGUGGCCAGCAGCUCAUUGGUGCCAGUGCGGCAUACUACUAUACCGAAAGGAUCUACAUGUCUACCAAUGUGGGGAUUAACAAUGUCCGAUACAUUAGUAUAGCCACAACAGUUCUUCUUGGCCUCUCUAGCACAACAGCGAUGUUUCUCAUUGAUAUUGCAGGGCGGAGGGUUCUGCUUCUGGUCGGCUUUGGGAUCUGCACAAUCACCUCUGCUGUAUUAGCCAUGAGUCUUCACCUGCAGACAAGUUUCCCAGUGAUGACCUACAUCAGCACAGUUGCUGUUGAUACAUACUUCGUUGGAUACACCUUAGGGCCAAGUCCAGUCCCAUCUGUGGUCACAGUAGAGCUAUUCUUCCAAUCCUCGCGGUCCUCAGCUUAUGCGAUUGCGGAAUUUGUGCACUGGUUGCUGAGCUUCAUUAUGGGAGUAUCCUUCCUCCAUGUAGAGACACGGCUUGGUGCCUACAGCUUCCUAAUCUUCUCUUCAAUCUCAGCAGCCACCUUUGUUUAUAUCUUCAAAUUUCUGCCAGAAACCAAGAAAAUGACCCUUCUGGAUAUUCGGAAAGCCAUGGCAGUCAAGACAGGCAGGAGGAUUCAGGUCAAGGGUCAGAUGGGAAAAUAG